CCUCCCUCCCUCCCUCCCUCCUGGUCCCAUAUCGUUCCUUGAGGAGGGGAGAAAGAGAAAAGAAACUCUGUUGGAACUAUUGCUGGCACGAAGAUUAUUACUCCACUGCCUUUUACUUCUGAUAGCUUUUCGACAAGGUCAAGGGUGCGGAAGGGCCCAUCCGAGGAAGGAGCCUGAACCUUGACGCAGGAGAUGGAGGAAUCAUCAGACCAGCCCCGCUGGCUGCCUCACCACGCCUUGCUGAGCGCUGGGCCCGAGCCCCUCCUCCACUAUGCCGACGAGAUGCCCAUGCAGUCUUCCGCCAACGAGGUGGACGUCUUCCUCAGCCACACCGAGGGUGAGGGAAGCCUGGCGCAGCCGUACUACGCAGGUCCGAUGCACAGCAGGACCAUCGGGAGCUACCGGCACGGCCGACAGAUGUACUCGCCUCACCUGCUGAACAGCCUGCCGUGGAUGGAGAGCGGGCAGGCCAUUGGCCACCCGUACAACGGGGCCUGGUCGACAGUCGGGGCCUACACCAAGGCCUCGCUCCCGCUGUACCAGGCCGCCCCCGGCCUCGCCUCGCCCCACCACGGCCAGCACCUCUACGGCUUCGCGCCGCCGCUGAAGGAGACCAGCCCCGAGCCGGGCCAGGAGAAGGGGAGCCCCAAGUACUCGGAGGCGAUGAAGAUGGAGAGGGGGAGCCCCCUGAGCUCGGGCUUCCUCACGCUGAGCCAGGACGACCAGCUGGGCCUGGCCGGCCACCCCCAGGCUUACAACGGGAGCUUCUACCAGUCGGCGGCCUCCAUCAUCGAAGGGCAUUCGUCGCAACACAAACACAAGCUGUCAUUAUCGCCCUGCGAGGCUCGGGAAUGUGUGAACUGUGGAGCGACGGCCACUCCUCUAUGGCGGAGGGAUGGGACUGGACACUAUCUCUGCAACGCCUGUGGCCUCUACCACAAAAUGAAUGGCCAGAACCGGCCGCUCAUCAGACCAAAGAAACGACUGAUCGUGAGCAAGCGAGCGGGCACGCAGUGUGCCAACUGCCACACCAGCACCACCACGCUGUGGAGACGGAACAUCAGCGGAGAUCCUGUCUGCAACGCCUGUGGCUUGUACUACAAACUGCACAACGUGAACAGACCUCUGACGAUGAAGAAAGACGGCAUCCAGACCCGCAACAGGAAAGUCUCCAACAAGUCCAAGAAGGUCAAGAAGAACCAGGAGCACUUUGGCGAGCUGGCCAAAGACCUGGCGGAGGAGGGACCUUCUUUCCCCCUGAGCUCCGCCACCUUCCAGAGCCACAUGACCUCCAUCGGCCACAUGGUGCCCUACGGCCACAACCCCCACCUCCUGGCCACGCCCGCUGCCCUGCACCCGCAGUCGGCCUUGACCUACAGCCACCACCCUGUCACCAGCAUCGUGUCAGCCCUCAGCUAAGGUGCCGCCCCCCCACCCAUCGUGCCGACGGCAGCGAGGUUGGCGCGCGGAUGACGGUGGAUCCCUCACGCCCGGCAUCGCGGGCAAACUCUCCUCGAAGCAAACACACACGCUUGGCGAAGGCGGUGGAUUCACACAUUUCAUAUUUGUGAC